AUGACAGCGGUUGCAGGCGCUCUUGGCUCUGUCAUCGGUUACGUGGGCGCCGAAGUCGCCGAGCCCACCGCCUUCGAGCGGCUACUCUGGGCCCCGCGAUUCUACAACUAUGCCACCCCGCGAACCCUAUUCCUCAGCGCGCUGACGAUGCCCAUGGGCGGCCCGUUGCACAAAGCCGCCCUUGAGACCCUAGACGCCAUCAGAGAGAAUGGGUUGUACCGGGGGGCAAGGCGGGGACAUAUGCUGGGGACAGCAUUUUACCACAACAACAAGGCCGAUUACAUCAAUCGCACUACUAGCGAUGGGGACCAUGAGAUUCGCAAUGGGUUUUGGGUGGAGGUCCUGAAGAUGAUAGAUCAGGGAGGAAGAGAACAAUGCGCAUACCACGACAGGCGAUGGGGAUCGAACGAGUCGUUGCCGAAACAGCCACCGAUGAGUAGAGCAAAGCAGUUGCUUUUUACUCUUUCAUUUUCGGACAAGUUGACUGGCUCCGACGGAAAUGUUGUGAGCGUUUGCGAGGACGAAGUGACCAUGGACACAAUUCUAGGCGUCGUGUUCAGCGAGCUGAGCACCAUCGUCUUCGCUGUGAUCAUUGGUACAUGGCAAAGGGCCUUCUGGCUAUCGGGGCUACUUGUUCUUCCGCUGGUGGUGAAGUUCAUUUCUCUGUUAGUAGCGGUUCGUCGCGAAACAUUGGUGCCGCUCCCAGAGCCACACCAAAACCCAACGUCUACACGACUACUGCAAAGAUCGGGUGAUAUAGCCAGGGCUACUUCAGAGGCUGACGCAGAGCCGACGGAGAUAUACGAAGUUCUCUCUCCCAGUAUAGGCUUCGUUUUACUCAAAGGGCAAGCCGCGCUCAUUCUGCCCUUUUUCAGACACUACGGACACCCCCUUCGUGAGACGCACUACGAUAGAUUUCGAGAGGUUUGCGGCAUCAUACUGAUAUACGUAUUCAUUCUUUACUUUCCAGCUGGACUUAUUGCCCUCUUAUGGAUGGACCCCAACACCCAGUACCUUUGGCUUGGCUACCAAGUAUUCGCCAUCUUGUUCAUGCACAUAUCGCGACUAUUUGGCUUGGGUGGUACUGCUCGGACUGAAGAGCGAAUUGCGCGGCUAUUGCAAGACGGAAAAGAAGUGUGUUUGCAAAGCGGCAACGCCAAAGUCUGGGUCUCUUUAGUUGUAGACGAGGUUGAAUCUGUGGCUUACGGUCGUCAGAUGGUCAAUAGGAUUGUGGAAGACCAUGCACGAACGACGAAUAGGAAAGUCGAUAUACCAUAUCCUUCAAAGUGA